AUGGCGCCCCGUAAGGACGGGGACGUCAUCUUCUCUUUUAAUGGAAAAUACAUCUCUUGGAGUCAUACCGCCAUUGCAUACACUGCCUUUCUCAGCGCCCUGUUUGUUGGCUGCGCUCUGCAUUACAAAAAGAUUGUCCAAAACGAGUGGUAUGGAUAUCCAGAAGAAUGGUUUCCUUCUGUCUCCUCUACCAUCGGCGAUCGAUACCCUGAACGUUCCUUCUUCAUGCUCUUCAUUGCCAUCACAUCCGGCCCACGAUUCGCCCUCGUCGGCCUGUUCUACCUGCUUACUCGAAAACCAAACUCGAGUCUUCCGGGAAUCGUCGCAGUCACUGGUGUCAUUCGCACUCUGACCUGCGGAGGAUGGACCUAUAUCACAUCCACUGACGAUCAUGAUUGGCACGACAUUCUCAUGAUUUCAUACAUUGUCGCAACACUUCCUUGGACACUUGGAUGUCUCGCCUUGAGCCCUCCCAAUCCAACUGCCAUCAAAUAUCGAAAGGUCUUGGCUGGUUCUUUCUUCGGUACCCUGGUUCCACUCAUCUACUUCUUCAUUCAACACAAAGUACACAGGGUUGCUGGUGCAUACACCAUCUACGCUUUCUUCGAAUGGGCGUUAAUUCUGUUCGAUGUCGGUUUCGACGCUGUAACCACCCUGGAUUUUGGAGCGGUCGAAAUCGUCGUUAAAGAUGUCAAGGGCAUCAGUCGUGGUGAUGCGAAAGCGUACAAGGAUUCUAUCAAGGAAAAAGAAAGAGCUUCGCCCUUCAUUCAAACGUCCACCUUUGAUGGUCCGUACUAUUGGCCUGCCGUUCUUGAUGCCGCUGCGGACAUCUACAAUGGCUUUGUUUUCUGGUCCAACCUCACCUCUGUCGGAUUACUUGUCUGGUACUUUCCUUUAUGGCAUAUGGGAAUCUCCGGAUACGAAGCCAUGAUCAUGGUUUCGGUGUCUCCUGUCUUCCUCGGCAUCCCUGCCAUUCGUUCCCUGGUUAUCAAGAACAUCCGAUGGGUGCACAUGUUAUCUCUCACAGGUCUUCUUGCGUGGAAUGUCAAGGACCCAGCUAACCGUCUUUUCACCAUCGGCUUUGCCAACUUCAUGGGCUGCUUGGCCUGGACGUCUACAUGGUAUGCGGAACGAAAAAAUUCUUCCCGGCUUCAAGCCAAGAUUCUCGCUUGGGGUAUUGGCUUGAUCCUUUCCAGUAUCUCCAAAUUCGCGAACGGAACCAACAAUCCUAUCUGGCCCAUCAUGAACGCCAGCAAUGGUGGUUGGAACAAGACCGGCUUUAUUCUGGCGGUGGCCGCAGUGUGGAAAUCUACUCAACAAGUCAACACCAGUGGAGGAGAUUAUGAGCCACCCCACGCCAAGAAAGGUUCCAGUGUCCUGGCAGCAUUCGGAAUAGGAGGCCUUUUUUUUGCUCUGCAGUCCUUGCUGUCAGACUCCAGCACCAUGAUCUUGUGGGUGUGGGAAGGCUUUCCAGUACGUGGACCUAUGGCCGCUCCCCAUGGUGCCGUCACUAUUCUAGCGAUGAGUUUGGGACUCUUCCUGGGUACCGCAUUGCCAGGUUUUUUCGGGUCGUGGACAGCAUUUGGAUUGGGAGCUGUGGGUGCAGCUUUUCUCACCUACUACAGCAACUGGACCGGAUAUUAUGGUGCUCUAGUUUUGACGGUCUAUCUGAUGGGCAGCACACCCGUAUUGAUCACAUCAGCCAUCCAACACAACCUGGCCAUUACUUUUGGAUUUGGCCUCUUCGUGUACAACAUCAUGCUAUUAUUCCACGUCUGGGUGGUGGCAUAUGCCUUUGUCCCUGGUGGGCCACUGGUUCGAGAACAUACCGACUGGGUGAUGAUUACAACUACAUUGCUGAUAGGCGCCGGCGUCUUUUCAGCCUUGAUCACCAAUUCUGGUCGUCGACAGAAAGGCCCUGCCAGUCCACAAGGACGUAAGCAGUCUGCAUAUUAUCUCCACAUUCUUGUUGUCCUUCAAUUGCUUAGCGCUUCUAUUGCAUAUCUUCGAUUCCCCACCAACGACUAUCAACCAUAUCACAAGGAUCAGAAACUGAUGACGGCCGGUAUUUGGACUAUUCAUUUCUCGUUGGACAACGACAUGUGGUCUUCUGAACGACGAAUGAGAGACGCCAUCAAGGAACUGGAGCUUGAUGUCGUUGGAUUGUUGGAGUCCGAUAACCAGAGAAUUAUCAUGGGCAAUCGAGACACCACUCAAUACAUUGCCGAGGAUCUUGGAAUGUAUGUGGAUUAUGGACCGGGUCCCAACAAGCAUACGUGGGGUUCGGCACUACUGUCCAAAUUCCCCAUUCUCAACUCCACCCACCAUCUUCUUCCCUCUCCCGUUGGUGAGCUUGCUCCUGCUAUCGAAGCCACCCUGGAUGUAUAUGGAACAUUGGUGGAUGUAUUCGUAUUCCAUUCCGGACAGGAAGAAGAUCCCGAAGAUCGUCGACUUCAAUCCGAGUAUCUCGCAAAGGCGAUGAAGGCAAGCCCUCGUCCCGCGAUCUUAUUGAGCUAUCUGGUCACCAAGCCCAAGGAAGGAAACUACAACACAUAUGUAGGAGAGAAGAGCGGUAUGCAUGACAUUGAUAGUCGAGAUUGGGACAGAUGGUGCGAGUAUAUUCUCUACAAGGAUAUCAAGCGUGUAGGGUAUGCCAGAGUGAGUCGGGGUACUAUUACCGACACCGAAAUCCAGGUGGGCAAAUUUGUGGUUGGAGAGGAGCCCAAUUAUUCUGAUGAGAGGAUUCCAGAGGAACAGGUCCAUCCGUCACGACGAUUCCCAGCCUUGUUCCGUGGAGAGGGGGUACGAGGUCAUCGAUAUCAUGUGUUUGAUGAGCCAUGGUAUUAUGCGUAA